AUGUCUCAAGCUCUGGGUUCUGGGCAACAAGAUGCUUUGACUGAGGUGAAACCGUGGUGGCCAGGGCCUCGGAGAUUAGUGCUCCACAGAGACGAUACUGACUUUGGUUUCACUCUGAGACACUUCAUUAUCUAUCCACCUGAUAAGAACCAGGGUCAAGAGAAAGAAGAACCUUAUAUAGAAAGAACAGAAUGCAACCAUCAAAGAAGAGAAGCUAUGGAUACAAUCUUUGUACGGGAGGUAAAAGAAGGAAGUCCAGCUCACUCUGCAGGCUUGGUAAUUGGUGAUCGGAUUGUGUCAGUUAAUGGUCAUCCUAUUACAGGAAAAACUUAUCCAGAGGUUAUUGGUCUCAUUCAGAACAGCAGCAGAAGCUUGGAGUUACUAGUUGUGCCAAAAGAAGAGGACAUUUUGCAGUUGUAUUUUUCCAGUUCAGCCUACCAGCCUGUGGAGAGGAUUCCUCCCAACAUUCCCAACAACCAAAAAGUUGUGCUUGGUAUGGAGUCAAUAGAGAAAGUUGAAAAUACUGGAAAGUUUCAGCAUCAAGAUUCUGCAGCUAAAUUAUCUAGUGUUGAUAGUCAGAAUAUAUCUCAUAUAAUUAGGGACACUGGUAAAGAACAUGAUUAUAGUCACCUCAGGGUAAGAGAAACAACCCCCUCAUCAGCUGUAAAUAUUUCACCUAUACCAAGUGAAGUUUUAAAAGACCCUGUGAAUCUCGUUGAUAUAGAGGGUCAUGUGAAUGGUUCUCUUGUUCAUUCCCAUCAGCAAGGGCCUCCUCAUUUUGUUUUCAAAAAAAAGAGAGAACUUCCAGCUAGAGUCACAAGCAAUAAAUCUGAUAGAACUGCUUACAACUGUACAGAUAGUCAAAGUCUGCAGCUUACUGAUCCUGUUUUUGAACAGUCUUUCAUAUCCCAGACAGAGAAUAGAAACAGAGAAGGCAAAAGCACAAUGAAUUCAUUACAUGGAAAAGCAGUAGACAGGCGUAUGUCUGAAGGUGUUGAAAGUCAUAGUCUCUUAGCCAUGGGAGGAGAAAGAACAGGUAGACCAGUUCUCAGCUCUGUACAUUAUCCCAUGUCAAUGCAGGGUCCCCGUGGAAGUCAAGGUUCAGAAGGGAUAUUGGAUACGCUGAGUGAGCCCUCCAGUCCUCGUUCAACUCCUGAUGGGGAAGCCCAACAUGUUUCCUCACUACAUCUGGUUGCUCAAAGACGUCAUCAGUUUGAGCCAAGUUACUUACUAGCCAGACAGUUAGAGCGUAUCAAUCUCCACAAGAGUGAGUUAGCUAGAAUGUCUCCUCAUCAUCCUAUUGUGGCUGUGAGAACUGCCAAAUUUCAGCAAAGAGAAGUGAUGAGUGACAGUGAAACUUCUACUCCAUCAAGUCAUUACCAUCGAGCAUUACCAAAACCUCAUCGAAUGGAAUCACUAAAAUCUCAUCCUGCAGCAUGGAAGGGAUUUAAAGAAUUUUCCCAGAAAAACUUGUCUUCUAGUCUAGGUACUCCAUUAUCCAGCAAUAAAGAAAAAGAACAGCGAUUAACCUUGUCUGAUACAAAUGAUGUAGUAAAAAAAGAUGUAGUAGAUGAUGAUAAAGCUGCACUCCCUCAGCUUCCAACAACUACAAGUCCACCAGAAGUUGUCCUUAGGAAGAAACCUCCUAUUGGUGAGGAAGUGCCAGUGGGUCGCAGAGUUUCCUAUUUGAGGGCGACAGCAGGUGAACGCAUUCACGUGGACUCUGAUUUAGAGUACAGUGAUGAAGAAGAAGAUCAUUCUAUCAGCAGUGACCAGUCAACUCCUAGUAGCACUCAUCGACUUCAGAAACUUAAAGCAUUUUUUGGAGAAAAGCGAUCUAGUGACCGUUCCUGGAGGCCUGUGUGGGCAGUUCUUGAUGCAGAGACGUUUUAUUUGUUGAAGGAAAAAAGAGAUAUAACUGAGGUUGGUCCCGGGAGUGAGGAUAUUCAAAUACCAGUUAAAUCCAGUUUAACAGGUGUAGCCCACGAUUACACGAAGAAAAAACACGUCUUUCGAUUGCGUCUUCCUGGAGGUACAGAAUACCUCCUUCAGGCUGACACCCAUGAACAGAUGGUUGAAUGGCUGGCUGCUCUCCAGCAUAUUAAGAUGGAAGAUAAUGAGGAUUGGCUAAAUGAACCAACAUCAGUCUUGGAAAAAGCAGCAGUGUUUGAGUUACAGCAGUUAUGGAAUACUGUAGGUCGUCUUUCCCCACUACCCAGGCCUAUUAAGAAAUUUGCUAUGCGUUAUCGUUCUCCCACAGGGACAGCUCCUGCACCAAAAGCAAGAAGAGCCUCUCAUACUGAUGAACUGCCCAAAUCUGUUGCUGCAUGGCGUGGCAGAGUAGUACAUGGCUUAAAGAAAUUUAACACUGCACCAGCUAAGGGAACCAGAUCAGGCUUGCGUCUUGAUGAAUAUCAAAGCUCGCAAAAUAAUAAGUUUGUUCCCCUUGCUGUGGAACUGUGUACCAGUAUUGUUGAAGCUCGAGGACUUGAUACAGUGGGGAUAUAUAGGGUUCCAGGAAAUAAUGCAGCAGUCAGUAUGUUGAUGGAUGCUGUGAACCAACAGUCAAUUACAAACGACCUUCAAGACACUCGUUGGAAUGAUGUGAAUGUGGUUUCUAGUCUUUUAAAAGCUUUCUUCCGGAAGUUGUCUGAACCCCUCUUCACCUCUUCACUUUACCCACAGUUUAUUGCUGCAAGUAAAUUAGAAAACCCAAUGUUGAAACUUCAAACAAUCCAUCGACUGAUUCAUCUGCUUCCUCGUCAUAACUUUGAGACGCUAAAAUUUGUAAUGAACCACUUAAAGAAGGUUACAACUCAUGCCAGUUUUAACAAGAUGGAGGCUCGGAAUCUUGCUAUUGUUUUUGGGCCUACCCUGGUGAGGUCAGCGGAUAACAAUAUGGUUGCCAUGGUUACAGAUAUGUCUCAUCAGUGUUGUAUUACAGAGACCAUUAUUACAAAUGCUGAAUGGUUAUUUACUAAGUCACCUACAGAGGACUUAGCAAGCUUGCCAGAAAAUUGCUUUAAAAGGUUAUCAGAACCACUUCCAGUAGCUGACCCAGGAGCUUUACUAGAAAAUAUUCAUAAAAUGGAUUUGGGGAGUUUUGCAGGAAGUAGUGGUAGUGGACGUGAAUUUGUCUCCUCUCUAAUGAGUGUAGCCCAUCGAAAGAUGUGGCAUAGACAAAAACGAGAAGCUAUUCAUGGUGAGGAGCAAAUAAUUGGUAGUGAUAAAAAAUCUCCUCCUGACCGACGAAGAAAGUCUCUAGAUUAUCAUAGCAGAGAAGCAGUUACACACAAACAACCAAUGAGUCAGUCCAUGUUUGUUCCCAGCAGCCAUGAAAAGUCCCUGAAACCUCCUCAACCGCAACCAGACUUAUCCCCUUCCUUGAGUACUUCUGAUGAUUGUUCCAGCCUCACAUCUUUAUCUUCACUGUCUACGAAUAAGCCAAUAUCUGAGAGCCAACGGGACUCUGAAUCUCAUGCUGAGACAAGAGCUAAAAGUAAAGAGAAGGGGAAGCUAUGGGAAGGAAUAGGUGAUGAAGUGGUCUUUCAUACAUAUGAAGAACUGUCUGCUUUAACAAAAGAAAGAAUAAAAUCUUUUGAACAGGAAACCAGAGCACUGCUUCAACGUGAUCUGUACAGACAACAGGAAAAAUCCAGUCAUCAUCAGGUUGCUCGGGAGCAAAUCGAACGAGAAUGGCAAAGAGCCAAGCAAGAGAUGGAACAAGACGACUUAUUAGAUCGAAUAGCCGAUGACCCCUCUUCUCUUGCUGAUUUAUAUUCAGAUCGUAAACCCCAAGAUCAACGAAGAGGAAUGAAUAGCCACUGUGAUUCUACAACAGAAGUUGUUACUACGAUGAGUGGUAAGAAACCUAAAAUGAUGGAUUCCACAUUACCUCUAGCUGAUUCCUCUCAGCCAAAAUCGAAGCGACUACCUUGGGCCAGAUCAGAAAGAGUAACUGUUCCAGGCCAAGGUGGAUUAGUGUCUCAAUAUUCUAAUAUGUUUGCUGGAAAUGUCUUGUCUCAUAAUAAACAGCAGAAUCAUCCUCAGAUGAAGAAAUGUGCAUCUACCGAUGGAUCUUGUUUAAAAACAUCAAGUGAUAUACCUGAUGAUCAGACAAAGCUGACUUCCACUGUUAAACAAACACCUUGUGAAUCUAAAGAAAAAUUGGAUCCUCAAGCAUUGUUUGACAACUUUCUGCCAGAAUCUGUAAGUAGACAAGGAACAGCCUUUAUUACAACAGGUCAUAAAACUUCCUCUGGAGUUUCUGCUACUGACACUUCUGCUAGUAUAAGUAGCCAGGGUACUCUUGUCACAACAGGUAUUGGUUCUUCUAGUGUUUCGAGUAUAGAACCAGCUAAUGUGAUAGGUAGCCAAGGGGUAACUUUUCUUAUGACAGGACAUAAAGUCUCUUCUAAUUCUUCUACUUCAGCUGAUGCUAAUAGGGUUGAUAGCCAAGAAUCAGUCUCUGUCACAACAAGACCCAAAACUUCUAAUUUCCCAAAUGUAUCAGAAGUAUGUAGUAUUGCUACUAAAGGUGGGACAUCAUUUAUCACAACUGGACACAGAACCUCUCUUGAUGCAAGAACAGAAGGAACUGUCUUUGGACACCAUGCUAGCUCCUCUUUGGCACGACCACUACAUUGGCAUGCUGAUACUUGCAUCCUUCAUAGGCAAAACUUCCUAAUUACAGCUACUGUUUCACCCACUAAACAUACCAUUUCAACCACAGUGUCUGUGACAUCACUGGGACCAGAUGAACCACGUCUCCCUGGUUGUACAUGUUCAAAAAUGUCAGUAUCCAAGCAGCCUUCAACUCACCAAGCCAAGAAACAGUCUGGUGAAGAACUGUUAAGAUCAUGCAGUACAAUUGAUACAAUAUCAGGUCAUUCACCCCAUCAAAUUGUUGGUCCAAAUAGUUUGUACCCUGACAUUUGUGGAAGGUCACAAUCAAUGGAAUCAACAGUAGCUCAUCCUGAAAUUUCAAACACAGUUUUAAAUUCAAAGCAUAGUCAUUCAGGUGAAAUUAUGGCCUCUUCCCAAACUCCAUCUUCAUCAGGAAUCCCUACUUCAAUUCGGCAAAAAAGUGGUGGAAUUGGUUACUCAUAUUUAAGUCACGGAAGUGCAACUUCAGGAUAUCCUCGCUCUCAGCUUUUGUCAUGUUAUCAGCGUAGACACACCAUAAGCAGCUCUGCAGAACUUGGUUGUGAACUUCCUGUGUCAGCUAAGAAAAUGAAAAUGUAAAGGGAAUAGAAUAAGCUAGUCAUAAAAAAAAACAACUGGUAACCUGAGUUACCUAUUAAUAAAUAAACAAAGUGGUGUACUUGAAAAAAAAAAUAGAUUGCUUUGCUUUUAGUAGAUCUGAUAAUAUGUGCAAUUAUGCUUUAUUGUGUAAUAUAUAUCUGUACAGAUGACUGAAACUAACCCUUUUGUGCCUCAAGCUAAUGUCUUUACCAGUGCUAGAGAUUGAGUGUGGCCUGUUAACCAACAGGACUUUUUAUAUCUCUUUAGAGAAUUCUCCUUGACCUUGCUGACUAGAUGUUUCACCUACUUCACUAUAAGUACUGUAUCUGCUGAUAUGACCACUUGAAGAAUAUUAUGUUCCAAGUCCUUUAAUAUUGUUUUAAUGGUGUAAUGAAUAGAUAUAUACUUUUAAAUUUAACACCAAAGUAAAUGGGUUGGACUGUAGCCACAGGUUUAGAAAGUCUAAUCAUUUGAAGCACAAGUUUAUUAAACCAGAUUCAGAAAGUGAUAGUUUUAAUUAAUAUUUUUUUUUGUAACAUUUAAUGAUAUUUCACUGCUUUGUUCUGGAACAAGGGUUUACUCUAAGGGUAAUGGUUUUGUUUGCAAUGAGAGGAAACAUAAUUUAUCACAGAAAUCACUACUUUUUCUGAUGUAAAAGUUUAAGGAAUAUAGUAAAGAAUUAUAGAUAGUUAUAUUUUACAGUGACUAAAAAUAUGAUUUUUUAUUUUUUUCUGUAUCACAUAUUCAAAAAUGAGUAGUUAUUUCUUAAAAGAACAGUCUGAUGUUACAGAUGAUAAGAUUAGAUACUUAACAAGCAUCUGAAAAGUUAAACCUAAACAUUAGGAGUUAACUUUUACAAUAUUACAACAUUUUCUAAGAUUAGGUUUUAAAGUAAUUGCCCAUUUUGAUGCAUUCCACAUAAAUGUAUUAUGUUGUGGAAGGCUUUGGGUCCCAAAUCCUGUAUUCAGUCUUUCCGUAUUUUGACAGUACUUAUAAGGAAUAUGGUUACAGAAUAUUAUGUGUAUGAUAUUCUUGCAACAGAACAAUGGUAGUACAUGAUUCUAGGGUGUAUUUUGUACAUAUAAUUUAUCCAUAUCAUAGAAAAAAUAAUAUAAAAAAAACUGAAGAAAUGUUCAGAGAAAUUAUCAAGCGCUAAUAGUAAUUGAUGGGGCAAGAUGAAAAUCAGAUAGAUAUAUUUUGCUAGUGCAGAUAUAUUCUGUGAAAUUAUCUUUUUUAACAAGUAAAUUUCUGGGUAUUCACUCUGCAAUCAAAAGUUAAAAGUUUUAGUUAUUACUAGUAAUACAGCUGUAGAAAAUACAAAUUUACUGGGAGACCAGAAGUGAAGCAUUUCAAGUUAUUAGUACUUUACAUUGGUCUUAUUUAAGUAAUAUCAGAUCAUAAACAUAUUUACAUUCAUUGAUGUUUCUUCACAUGGAAGCUUAUUGUAUAAGUUAUAUAGAAAAAAGUAACAUUUAAGCAAUAAUGUUAAUCUAAUUGCCAGCUAUAUUUGGGUGCUUUUGGUAGUUCCUACUGUUUUUCUAGCGGAAAUCCCCCCUUUUUUUAAGCUGCCUAAUCUUAUAUUCUUGACCAAUCUCUUAACAAAGCUUAAUUUUAUUAUUUCAGUUAUCUUUACUCUUCCAUAACGUAGCUUUUGUAGUGUUUUAUAUAUUUGUCUCUGUUAUAAGAUGGCUUGAUGGAAGUAAUGUUCAUGCAAGAUUUUAGAGGUGCAGUCAUAGGAAUACAGAUUUAAUAUUUUAUAACUCAAAAAGCAUAAUGAUAGGAUUGAGUAUUUUAAAAAUUAUUCAGAACUCAUCCAUAUUUUAUCUAGUUUUUUUAUCCUAUAAAUGCAAGAAGAUUUUAUUUGUGUUAAUGUUUAUUAUACAGUGUUUGUGGACAACUAUAUUAUAGUUUACGUUCUGUGCAGAGAGAAACAGUUCUUUGUAUCAAAUUGAAAAAUAUAUUAAAUGAUAUGGUAAUAUUUUAUUAGACAUAUACAUAUAUAUAUAUAUACUUAUUCUGCUUUCAGGUAGAGAAAUUUUAAGUGGACUGCAAAUGGAAGACAAUGUAUUUAAUUGUUUUAACUAUACCUGUUUUCUUCCUCCUAGUGCAAAAUUUAGUUGUUAUAUUGUAAGUAUGUUUCUUAGUUUUUAAAGUAAUUGAAAACUUUUACGUUUUUCUGGUGAACUAAUUGCUGAUAGAAACACAAAAUGAAAAAAAAAUCAUUUGAAACAGUUUUGCUAUAAUGUGGUAAUCACCUGUUAUAACAAGUGUUUCAAGGUAUUGGCAGUUAUAUCUUCUAAGUUAUCUUUCAUUAUGCGCUUUCAACUAGCAUGAAGAUAGUCAUUAUUUACGGAUUAUUUUACCCAAUUGAUGUUUGGUAAUUAAUGUUACGGUAAGUUGUCAUGGUGAAAAACACCGAAUUUUUUGAAUCCAACUAUUCAUUGCUUUGCUUUGAGAUAAACAUAACCCAUCUUGUUACGUGAGGAAACAGAGGAGAAGAGUGUACGUGAAAGGCUUUGUUAAUGGACUGCAUCUGUUCAGGAAGUUUUAGACGAUGUCGAGCUGCUAGCAUAAAUUUGCCCUGAUGAAGAUCUGCGUUAGCAGUCUGAACGUCGUCUAAAUCUUCCUAGACAGAUGCUGUCCAAUUUAGCCUUUUAAAGAUACCCCAUUUUGUGGUUGGAAAUUAUAUUAGAAUCAUUUGAAGCUUGCAUAAGUAAUAAAAUUUUACAGCCUUGUUUAUUACAUGUGCUUUGUUAGAAAGACCAUCUGGUUUAAGAGUCAGUAACGUUCAUCGUGGAGAAAUAAUUGAAUGAAGUGUAAAUUUGUAUACUUAUUUAAUAGUUAUAUUAAUUUAAAAGUCUGGUGCAUAGUCUCGCCUUCUUCUAGUACUCAUGCAACUUAAAAAUUAAAACCAGCAUUCUGAACUUGUGUAUUUCUUAGGCAUUGCGCAGACAAUAUUCCUUUAGAAACAACAUUUAACCCGUCAACUGUGGUUGACAUCGUAUGAUGCAAGCAUUUUGCGCGCAACAUUUUGAAUGACCCGCCGCAAAUUUUUGGGGAUGGGGUGGUAGACAGAUUUACACAAGCCGUAAAUGAAGGGUUGAAAAUGGUUUAAUAAACUUUUAAUGUCAUUGAUAAAGAAGGUUUUGAUAAGUAAGAUUUUCAAUUUGAUGUUAUCAGUUUUUUCUUCACGAGUUAAGUUUAAUUGGAUUCGUUGAAAUACACCUCUUGACGCAACUUAUCUUUAUAGUUUAAAAUGUCUUAUGCAGAAAAAAGGUUAUUAACAUAUUUGUUUCAGGCAUUUCGUAAAAAUACGAGGAAAGUUGUAAGAUUUUUAUUUAUUUCGAUUUGCUUAUAAUAUUUUCACACAUGGCGAAGGAUUUGUUCGAAACAUGUACGUAGGCCCCACAUUUACCAACAGUUUUUUGACCGUUGAACUGUACUGUUGGCUACAUUUGUACUCUGGUUUUGCAUCGACUUUGAAAAAAUCGAAGGAGUGAACACGCCAAAAUCACCAAAACUGGAAUUAUCACUUGUGGGUGUAUUUGCUGUUUUGUUGAAGCCGGUUCCACUAUAAGUUCGCUUUAGCACCAGGUUAGGGAAUACCUUGUAUUAAGAUGGCCUCUUGGAACUAAUAACUUUGACAAAAAAAUCACUAGGUAGCGUUUUUAUCUGUAAAAAUAUAAUGUGCAAUCCAAGACUAUUCAGAUGCAAACACGAUUUAGCCAAAGGUCAUGCGAAUGUAAUAAACACUGACAAGUUAACUAUAUUGAGGACAGAAAUUUUGAACUGUCUUCUGUAUGUAACCCAUUAUUACGAUUAUUCAGUACAUCAUCCAUAGGUUAAUAAAAGAAGCGAGUAAAAUGAAAAGUCUUGUUUCAUCAAUAUAUAUGUAUAAACAAUUUAAUAGUGUACGAAAGUUUCAAGUAGCUAUGUUUCGUAUACUUUGCAUGUGUAUAAAAUUAGAUAAGCGGAUUUUUUCUUUGUAAAGACAUACUAGAAUAUUUGAUAAAAUGUGGUUAACAAAAUCUAGUAAAGUUAUUUGGGAAAAUGCCGUAAAAUAUCAGCAAGGUGUGUGUGUGUGUGAAUUGUACAAAUUAAAAUGUGAUCAUAUACAAAUGUUCUUUACUCAACAAUGUACUUAAAUUCCAAAGUUUUGUGUGAUGGCUGAUAGUUCAUAGACAAUAUAUUUGCAAGUUUUUUUUUUGUAUUUUAAUGUGUGAUGGCAUGUAUGAAAUACGUUGAAAGAUGUUGCAUUUAAGUUAAUGUGAUACGUAUUCUUUGCAGUGUCGAAAAUGUUUACAUCACAUGGUAUGAUAAUCAUGAAUUAAUUAUAGUAUAGCUUUUCAGGCUUUUAUUGUAGGCCUGUUGUCAAAUAUAAGAGCUUGUGGUUCGUUGUCUGCUUGAAGGCGUACAAUCACAAAUUUGUAGAUUCCAUCCCCGUAAUGAGAUAAACUGUAAAAUAAACGUUUCUUAAAGACUC